AGCUCGAACAAAGAAACAACGUUCGAGAAUCGGGACUGAAUUUCAGAGCUAGGAGCUCGAAGAAUCUAGAAAGGGGAGAUAAAGAAUGGGGAAAUGGUGGAAGAUAGCAGCAGUGGUGGCAGUGGCGGCGAUAGGGAGGGAAUUGAGCAAGCGAUACGGAUUGGAGAAAGACGAUGCUAUCAAGUUCUUUGGAGAAUGGUCGGAUCGGCUCGGUGUUUGGGCGAUCCCUGUGUACGUUGCCAUCCACACUGUCACUCUUGCUCUCUGCCUUCCUUACGCCAUUUUCUUUGAGGCUGCUGCUUCUCUCCUCUUCGGAUUCUUCCCCGCCGUCCUCUGCGUCUUCUCCGCUAAAAUCCUUGGAGCCUCUCUCUCCUUCUGGAUCGGCAGGCUGGUCUUCAAGUGUUCAGGCUCAGCAAGGGAGUGGAUCAAAAGAAACAAAUACUUCCACAUACUUUCCACAGGGGUCGAAAGAGAUGGUUGGAAAUUUGUCCUCCUUGCACGCUUCUCACCCGUGCCCUCCUACGUCAUAAACUAUGCCCUAUCUGCAACAAACGUACUAUUUUUGUUGGAUUUCUUUCUUCCUACAGUAAUUGGCUGCGUGCCAAUGAUUUUACAGAAUACAUCCCUUGGCAGCCUUGCUGGUGCUGCAGUUGCUUCGGCGUCUGGCUCUCAGAAGUCUAGGCUCCAGUCUUACAUAUUUCCCCUGAUUGGAAUUGUAUCAAGCAUUCUUAUUUCUUUAAGAAUCAAACAAUAUUCUACUGGCAUCAUGGUAACUGAAUCCGUUCCUGGUGAUUCUAGUGACGUAAAGGACUCAUCUCAAACCCAUUCUGUCACAGAGGAAGAGAAGGGCCAUGAGAAAAAACAACGAGUUCAUUAACAUUCAGACUAACCUCGUUUUGUUAUAGGUAAAGUUUUCCAGAUCUGAUUCAUUGUACUUGCAGUUAGAUGCCUGAUAAUCUUUGCAUCAACGUGCUAAACGAACAAUUAAACAUUGAACUUUCUCCUCUAGUUUUCUUGUAGGAUUUGAAAUGGAUGUAUCUUGAUAUUCUGUGAACUUGCUGUUCUCGCAUGUUUUAUUAGCAGAUAAUUCAUUCUUAGAUACUCUAUUAAAGCUAA